AUGGCCGCUCCUACCACCAUCUUCCCCCAGAGCCAUGUCGGUUUCGACAGCAUCACAUCUCAGAUUGAGCGUAAGCUCCUGAAGCGUGGUUUCCAGUUCAACGUCAUUUGUGUCGGCCAGACUGGAUUGGGAAAAUCCACCCUUAUCAAUACCAUCUUCGCCUCUCACCUGAUCGACUCCAAGGGCCGCAUGCAACCUGACGAGACCAUUCGUUCAACCACCGAGAUCCAGGCUGUCUCCCACGUUGUUGAGGAGAACGGCGUCCGCCUGCGCCUGAACAUUGUCGAUACCCCUGGCUACGGUGAUCUUGUCAACAAUGACCGCUGCUGGGAUCCCAUUGUCAAGUAUAUCAAGGACCAGCAUUCUGCUUACCUUCGUAAGGAGCUCACUGCUCAGCGUGAACGCUACAUUCAGGACACCCGCAUCCACUGCUGUCUCUUCUUUAUCCAACCUUCUGGCCACUCUCUCAAGCCUAUUGAUAUCGUCGUCUUGAAGAAGCUGUCCGAUGUUGUUAACGUUGUGCCCGUCAUUGCCAAGGCCGAUACUUUGACUAUUGAGGAGCGCCUUGCCUUCAAGGAGCGCAUCAAGGAGGAGUUUGCUUUCCACAACCUCAAGAUGUACCCUUACGACAACGAGGAGUUUGAUGAAGAGGAGCGCGUCUUGAACGGACAGAUCAACAACCUUGUCCCCUUCGCUGUUGUUGGAUCCGAGAAGUCCAUUGUUGUCAAUGGCAAGCAGGUUCGUGGCCGCCAGAACCGCUGGGGUGUUAUCAAUGUCGAAGACGAGAACCACUGCGAAUUUGUCUAUCUCCGAAACUUCCUCCUCCGAACCCACCUUCAGGAUCUCAUUGAGACCACAUCGCAGACACACUACGAGACCUUCCGUGCGAAGCAGCUUCUUGCUCUCAAGGAGAACACCUCCCAUGGUGGUACUGGCAGCCGUCCCAUCAGCCCUGCCGCUGACCGGGAGCUCAGCCGAGGUUCCCAAAGAAUGGGGAUGAACGGUUACUAG